CUCUCUUUUAAGUCACACUCGAUCAACUUGAGUUAUUCCCUCUCCUGUCUUUAUCUUCUUUUUCGCUUCAGUCAUGCAUCCUCGGCGACCUCUCGAUCUCGUCACGCUAGCUGCCUUCUGUGUUCUCUCGUGCUCUCCUCUGGUUUCGGUUUUGGGUCGACCGGCGACUUUUCUUCAGGACUUCCACGUUACGUGGGCUGAUUCCCAUAUCAGGCAAAUCAAUGGUGGGGCGACCAUUCAACUCAUUCUCGACCAAAAUUCAGGAUGUGGAUUUGCUUCGAAACGCCAGUACAUGUUUGGACGUGUGAGCAUGAAGAUCAAGCUCGUCCCCGGAGACUCUGCUGGAACCGUCACCGCCUUUUACAUGAACUCAAACACGGACAACGUACGGGACGAGCUGGACUUCGAGUUCUUGGGGAAUCGAAGCGGUCAACCCUACACGGUCCAGACCAACGUGUACGCUCACGGGAAGGGCGACCGAGAGCAGAGGGUGAACCUCUGGUUCGACCCGGCCGCGGACUUCCACACUUACUCCAUCCUCUGGAACCACCACCAUGUCGUAUUCUAUGUAGAUGAAAUGCCCAUAAGAGUGUACAAGAACAAUGAGGCCAAGGGAGUGCCAUACCCAACAUACCAGCCCAUGGGAAUCUACUCCACACUGUGGGAAGCAGAUGACUGGGCAACAAGAGGGGGCCUCGAGAAGAUCGACUGGUCCAAGGCCCCGUUCUACGCGUACUACAAGGACUUCGACAUUGAGGGCUGCUCAGUUCCGGAGCCAGCGAGCUGCGCCUCGGACCCUAAGAACUGGUGGGAGGGCGCUUCAUACCAACAGUUGAGCGCGGUCGAGACACAGCGAUACAGAUGGGUCAGAAUGAACCACAUGAUUUAUGAUUAUUGUGCCGAUAGAUCGAGGUACCCAAUGAUCCCACCCGAGUGCGAAGCAGGAAUAUAAAGAGAAUUUGCUGCUCCAAACAAGGACGAAAGAGGGAUUUCUAAGCCAAAAUAUACAAGAAAUUAUGUCGCCUUGACUUAUACUUGGUCCUACGCAUCACAAAUUGGGAAAUGCUAUACGAUGCAUAUAUAAAGUGGGGCUGUGCUUUUAUGUUUAUGAGCCAGCAAAGUUGGCAAAAGUCAAUUUCUGCUCCUCGUAAUUUGUUGUGUGUUAAUUCGUGUAAUUUUCUUUCAGGAAUAAAGUGUCAAUAUAAACUGUCUAUGAGAUUAUCCCAA